UAACGACGGAUUAGCUACGGAUUUCUCAUUUUGUCGCAAGAAAAGCAACUAAAAUUUUAUCUCAUUAUAUAGUGACGGAUUAGCAACGAAAACUGAGUUUCGUUACUAAUAAUUAGCGCGAAUUUUUGGCGCCUUAAAUUUCACUACAGAUUUAGCAACAGAAGAGGCGCGACAAAUUUUAUUUUUAAUUAGCGACGGAUUCAGCAACGAAAUAUCCGUCGCUAGGCCUUUAAUUUUUCUACAAAAAAAUAUAUAUUUGCAGCAACGGAAUAUUUUGUCGCAAUAUUAAUUAUUAAAAGAAAUGAAUGUAUUAUUUAGCGACGGAAUAUAAAAUCCGUCGCUAUUCCGUCGUUAAAUGUAAAAAAAAAAGAUAUCUCCUAGCUAGGGUACACAUUAUUUCAUUUCCAAACACAGCAGCCAACACGGAUAGAGAGAUAGACUGUGCGAAAUUACUAACAUAGAGAGAGAGAGCACAACAUAGAUCAAAAUAAUGUGAAUCUAGGGUUUCUAUUGUGUUUUUCUCUUCUUCUACUGCAACUUUUAUCUAAAGGAAAGGUAUGUUUUGAUUUUUCUAUGUUUUAUGGGCAGUUUCUUUCUUCUUUAUCUCCUUCUUUUUAUUUUCUGACAUUAAAUCUAUCUGUGUUUUCUUGCUUAUUAUCUAAAGGACAGAGUGUCUUUAAGUAUUUUUUUGGGCUAAAAUCGAAGUUGGGUGUGUUGAAAACUGUUGGGUUUAUAAUUUAUUUGAAGGUUAAGUGUUGGGAAUCUCUAUUUCGGCCAAAAUCUGAUGAAAAUGGAAAUUCGACCUUUGUUUGUGCUAAAUCUUGUAGGAUAAUAUUAUUUGGUGGUUAAAGUUUGUUUUAAUUCGUUGCAUGUCGAGAAAAAGCUUGAAGAACUCAACAUUCUUUAUAUUCUGUGAUUUGAAAUCAGUGUUAGUGAACUGGGUUUCUUACUCGAUUUUUUUUGUUUCAGUUUGUCAUUUUUUUUAACUAAAAGGUGAAUGAUAUUUUAUGUUUCAAUAAGUUAUUUCAGCUUGUUCUUCUCUCUUAGCAGCAUUUCUCAUUAGCAAAAUGUAUCGUUUUGUAGCAAAUCUUGCUUCCAAAGCCAGAGUGGCAAGAACCAACACCCAACAAAUUGGUGGAAGGUUAAAUUGGAGUAGAAGUUAUGCUGCAAAGGAUAUUAGAUUUGGUGUUGAAGCUCGAGUUGCAAUGCUUCAAGGUAUUGAAGAACUUGCUGAUGUUGUUAAAGUCACUAUGGGUCCAAAGGUGAAUUUUUUAUCAACCCCAUUAGUCAAUACACUCUGUUUGUUAUAUAGAUUGUUUAUAUAUUUAUAUGUAAACAAUUCAACCCCAUUAGUGAAUACACACUGUUUGUUACAUAGAUUGUUCAUGUAUUAUUAUGUAAACAAUGUUUAGUAUAAAAUAUUGUGACUUAUAGUACUUGAAAUGUUACUGCAUCUUUAGAAGCUGAAAUAAGUGUCAGAUUGCUGAUUGUUUUUUAGGCAAGCAACUGCUAUAGUGGAGACAUAUUUUGUGCCUUACUUUGCUAUUUGAUGAACUGCUACUACAUUUGAAUGAGUUUUGUAUCUGCACUUUGAGAGUUGUUUACUGUGUUUGAAUGAUUGCAUUUACAAC